AUGGGGCUAGUGUUUUUAGAGAGGGUAUUUUCUUACGACAUUCUCAUUUUCUCCUCAAACCUUUCAAACCUUGAACAACACCGGGAACAUGUACGCCAAGUCCUUUCACACCUUCGAAGAAACCGCCGCUACGCAAAAAUUGAGAAGUGCCUGUUCGAGCAGUCCAAUCUGCCCUUCCUGGGGUACAUAAUUUCCGCCCAAGGUUUACAGAUGGACCCGGCUAAGCUCUCCGCAGUUCUGGACUGGCCACGCCCCUCUGGACUUUGUGCCAUCCAAAGGUUUUUGGGUUUCGACAACUAUUAUAGGCAAUUCAUUCCUCAUUCCUCCACCCUGGUCUCUCCCAUAGUGGCCUUGACCAAGAAAGGUGCUAAUCCCAAAUCGUGGCCUUCUCAAGCAGAAGAAGCUUUCCAGUCCUUGAAAGCCGCUUUUGCCACCGCACCUGUACUUUCCAGACCAGACCCCACUAAGCCUUUUUCUCUGGAAGCCUUUUUCUCACCCAGAAGUCACCUAGAGGCAGGACCCUAA